UUCCAAAUAUAGAAUCAAAUCGCAGUGUGUCCUAUCAAGAUUCUACGUAGGGCGCAUUCCUUAUGUCUAAUUUAGAUUGAAGGGAACAUUUAUAUUUGUGUACAAUGGCAUAUACAUUGUACAGGUUUCUCUUGUGUUUGGUAUGUGCAUCAGUGCUGAGAAAGGAAUAUGUGUCUGCAUUUCUCUGGCACCAUUCACACCAGUCAUGUGACCAAAUACACGAAUACAAUGUUCUAUUGACAAAGCUCCAAAAUCAUCCAUGUAUCAGUGAUACACAGAUAUGGCACAUGUUAGAACCUUUGCAGUCUAAAAGUCAUACUUGUCUACGAGAACUGAUAAACAAUAUGGCUGCAUACAUACAAUCCCACAAUUCCGCUGGAAAGGACUGCCGGUGCUCACAUGACUUUGCUCGAGAUGUGGUACAUCCUUUAGGAAAUAACCAUGACCAUUACUUGGAAUGUCUUGCCUAUAAUUCCAACUGCGAAUAUUUGUUUAAUUACUUCUAUCUACGACUACACCAAACACACGAGGUUUCCAGAUGCCAACCUCAUUACCACGUUUGGACACAUCUAAGAGACAUCAGAAACCGUUUAGGAUUAGACCAGCAAUCGGAAAUGAUAUUACACCUCAUCCAAACAUAUUCAAACGGUCACGAAAAUGUUUGUAAAUGUCACCAAGAUGCUAAAACAACAACAACAGAACGUUCACUUGUCAAAAGUACACUUCCUUUGAGGGUAACAGAAAUACACCAAGUCACUACCAAUCUAACAAAUCCUACAACGAUAGAACCUGUAGUCCAAACGAUUCCGUCUACACAGUCCUCGGUAAAGAUCACGUCGACUUGUCAGAAAUACAGAUCAGUGUCGAACAUAGCUGUUGGAGAGAUUUCAUCUCAUCCGUUGGCAUAUCUUUGCCCUUCUGGGAACCGAACUUCAAACGAGGCGUUUGUGUUAGUAAAUUGCAACGUAGGUUCACCUGCUAACUGGAUCAAAGGAUUAAACGUGAUGGAAAACUGUGACCGGAUACCAACCUAUACUCCAAUAGCAACAUUUGGAGCAGAGUACCUAGGCAUUCAUGAACAUAAAGGCCUGUCAGGGAUUUUUCUCGGAUGUAUACCAGGCGGCUUUAAGAUGGCAUAUCAAGACUGUGACACAAGCGCCACUAUUAAACAUAUCGAGAACGGAAACGGAUCUGGAAUUGAUGAUCCUAAUACUUAUUUUGUUAUUGUUUAGUCAUCUCUUCAACUGAUUAAAAUUCAACGUGUCGAGAAUAAAAUCUAAUCAAGACUUAAUAAA